UUCAUCUUGGUGCUGGACCCCUCUGCACAUCAGGUACUGAUAUAUUCCAUAUUGCUGAGUCUUCUACAGGCAAAUUAAAAAUAUGUAUUUAUUCCUCCUUUCCAUUUUACCUUUGCUUUUGAAAGUCACUGGCACCAAAGAUGUUAUAUUUGGUCAUAAUAAUUUCACAGAAUAUCAAGUGGGCAACAUGAACCUUAUUCUCUCUGUCCCACAUGGUGGGUCACUGGAACCUAAAGACAUCCCUGAUCGAGAGGCUGCCUGUUGGGAUGCAAAGACAUCCUCUUGUAUUUUCUCUCAUGACUGUCCUCCUGGAAGUAUUCAAAAUGCUAUGAAAUGCAAAGUGUCUACCAACCAAGACAGGUAUACUAUAGAGGUGGCUCAGGCUCUUGCUGAAGAAAUCAACAAAAUUACUGACGGCUUCUUCCCACAUAUCGUCAUAAAUCACCUACAGAGGUUCAAGAUGGAUGCUAACAGGGAAAAGGAAGAAGCCUCCUUUGGAAUUCCCCAAGCAGAACAGGCCUGGGAGGACUAUAUGGGAUUUUUGACCACUGCAAAAUCACAGAUGUCAGGGGGCCUAAUUCUGGAUAUCCAUGGACAAGCACAUCCUGAAAGAUGGAUAGAACUAGGUUACACACUUUCAAAAACUUCCCUUAAUUCAGGUGUCUUUUCUGCACUGAAUUCCUCAAUUAGCCAUCUGGCCAGUCAGCUGGUCAAUGUGUCUUCUGAGAUUUUGAUUGCAGGGAACAGAAGUUUGGGUAAAUAUAUUGAAGGACAAAAUAAGAGUUAUGUUUGUGUGCCUUCUCCAUCCAAUCCUAGCCCAAAUAAUGGAAGCUAUUAUAGUGGUGGGUACAUAACAAAGGCUUUUGGUUCCCGGAAUUCUGGCACCAUUGAUGCCAUUCAGCUUGAGCUGCCCCAGUGGGUGAGGGCAGCUCAAGAGCGUCAGAGAUUUUGUAAAGCACUGGCAAGGGCUGUAAUGAAAUUCUGGCAAACUAACUACUGCAGCCAGCAGAAGCACAAACUUCUGCCAUGCUGA